GAUGAAAAAACUACAUACCAAAAAAUAAUUUAAAAAAAUUUUCUGAAUAGAGGGCAGAACAACUUUUUGCGGGGAUUGUUAACAAAAUAGUUUAGUAAAUACAUAAAAACGAAGAUAAAUUUAUCUGCCUACGUUGACAGCCUCGUCAGCCAUUGCUACUUCGUCGGUUGGCGCUUUACUGAUUUUUUUUUUCCCUGAAUACCAUAAAAAUGAAACACCACAAGCUAUGUUGACCGCAAAUGUAAACAAAGCCAGGUGGAAGAAGAUAGCUUCAUUUUUCACGUUACCGCCGGAAGGUUAGUGGAAUAUUUAAAUAUUCAAAUCUGCAGUUAGUUGUAUAUUAGCGGCACUAACAUCAGAUGUAUGCACAUGGAAACUCGGCGGAAGAUCCAAUGUGUCGUCUAUAUCGAUUGACAAAAGCGGGAUCUAUUAUGAAUGACAAAAGUUUGAGGAAGUGCCUUUCAAAUAAUUAUAGAUAUAAAUGCCGCAGACGGUUCAGUCGGACAUAAUGUAUCUGGCCUAUGUAAAAUAGUACAUCGAGUCAAAGUGGUGGAGCGGAUAACAUUUAGUCUAUAAGAUUUAAGAUAUAAAUGCCGCUGACGGUUCAGGCGAACAUAAUGUAUCUGGCCUAUGUAAAAUAGUACAUCGAGUCAAAGUGGUGGAGGAACUUUCCUCUCACUUUUGUUGAGUUGGUCGACAUCAGACUUGCUUUAUUAGAAAAGCUAAUUUACAGUUUUAGAUUUUUUUCUACUUUCUCUUUCUUUUGCGUGCUAUCAUUUUCUAUUACUAUAGCAUUGCUUUUCGUUUUCAGCCAAAGUUUGCAGCACUGUUGAAUUUCAACAACUCAACCAGACAAUUACACACACACACACACAAUUACACUUAAAAUACCGGCUCCAGUCAUUACGGCCGCUCUUUUCUUUGUUGCGUUUUAUAUAUAUUUGUGACCAAAAUUACGACAGAUUAUUGUGUGGACAUCUAUUGGCUUAAUCCAUCUCUACUCAGCAAACCAAAAAAAAAAGAAAACGUUUAGAGAAAAUAGAAUAUUGCCCGAAAAAUAAACGAAUAUUUGCUGUGAAUUCUAUGUAAAAAUCCAUGAUUUUAGGCAUUUUUUUAGAAGCAAGUUGCAUGUAUUUGAAAACAUUUGUAGCGAAUGUUGUUGAAAAUGUGUUCGAUUUUAUAGUGGUUGUUCAGUGAUUUUUCUUCGAUGCACUGCUGCUAUUGAUUUACUUAAGCAACUUACUAACAAUUUAAAUAAGGGAAAUGGGUAAAACUUCAAAGGACAAAAGAGACAUUUACUAUCGCUUAGCUAAAGAAGAAGGUUGGCGUGCUCGUAGUGCUUUCAAACUGUUGCAAAUUGAUGAAAAGUUUGUUAUAAUAGACGGAGUCACGCGUGCAGUGGAUUUAUGUGCAGCCCCUGGAAGUUGGUCUCAAGUUUUAUCGAAACGUUUAUAUGAAAACCGUUCUGGCAACGAAGAUGUAAAGAUUAUAGCUGUGGACUUGCAGGCAAUGGCACCGUUGAAUGGCGUUACCCAAAUACAAGGUGACAUUACUAAAUUGAGUACCGCUCAAUCGAUCAUAGAACAUUUUGGAGGUGAAGAUCAAAAAGCUCAGCUUGUAGUGUGCGACGGUGCUCCCGAUGUUACGGGCUUACACGAUAUCGAUGAGUACAUACAAAGUCAAUUAUUGUUGGCUGCUUUAAGUAUUACUACGCAUGUCUUAAUGCCGGGUGGUACGUUUGUGGCCAAAAUUUUUCGAGGCAAAGACACUAGUUUGUUGUAUUCACAGUUACGUAUAUUUUUCGAAAAAGUUUCAAUUGCUAAACCGCCUAGCUCACGGAACUCUAGUAUAGAGGCCUUUGUAGUUUGUCAAAACUAUAAUUGCCCUGAAGGUUAUAUACCGCAAAUGAUAAAUCCCAUGGUGGACGAUGUUAAAGUUAUCGCUGGGGCUACCGAUUCAAAAAUAAAUCGGGAGCUAAUACCUUUUGUUGUAUGCGGAGAUUUAAAUGGCUUCGAUUCGGAUAUGUCGUAUAAUUUGAAUCUUGAAAAGAAUGUUGAAUACACUUACCACGAAGUAGUACAAAAACCAAUCUCACCUGCUUAUAAAGAGAUAUUAGACAAGCUAAAAAAUUUUUCGAUAAAACACACCGCAAUAACGGUAACGCAUUGCGCAGGUGAAGAAAAGUCAAAGGAAAAUGAAUCGCAAUCGUCCGCUCAGGAAGAAAACACAUUAGCAAAUACAGCAGAUUAAGCAAUAUAAUUAAGUAAUAUAAUUCAUAUGCAAUAUAACACAUAACAUUACAGAUACAUUAGCAAGAAACCUCUUUAACUGAUGGCAGCAGCUGC